UUCAUAGAAACAGACUAGACUUGUUGAUCUCCAUUAAGCGACGGCAGAAAUAAAUCCACAAAACCGACCACGGGCCACGAUAUUCUUUGAACUCCGGAAGGGACAAAAAAGCCGAACUGGAGGAUAAAACGUGCAGAUAGAAGCUGGACAGGAACCGGGCUAUCAGCUUAUUUUUGUUGGAUGUUGCGAAACCGUUUCCAUCCCUAAGCGGCCCAUGUUAAUCCAAUAGGAUUCUGUUCAAAACAGCAGGAGGUUUUACAAGCUUCGAGAAUGAAUGCGAAAGCGGCCAGAUGAAAAUCCUGCAGAGUUUGAACACGCGGGAAGUGCGUGUGAUUUAUUAAACCUAGCCUUACUAAAGAAAACUGGGAAAAUGCCAGCCGGAAUCAGUAGAGGGGAAUCCCGGUCGACCAGCUCCCUGCCUCCAGAUCCCAUGGAGAUCAUCAGGAGCAAGGCUUGUUCCAGAAGAGUAAAGCUCAAUGUUGGGGGACUUGCACAUGAAGUACUUUGGAGAACCUUGGACCGGUUACCCCGGACGCGACUGGGUAAGCUUCGAGACUGCAAUACUCACGAGUCCCUUAUGGAGAGCUGUGAUGAUUAUAAUCUGGAGGGAAACGAAUAUUUUUUUGACCGUCACCCCGGAGCUUUUACGUCUAUUUUGAAUUUUUAUCGCACGGGCAAGUUGCACAUGAUGGAAGAGAUGUGUGCCCUGUCCUUCAGUCAGGAGCUUGACUACUGGGGAAUAGACGAGAUCUACCUGGAGUCCUGCUGUCAGGCGAGGUAUCAUCAGAAAAAGGAGCAAAUGAACGAGGAACUGAAACGAGAAGCUGAAACAAUGAGGGAUAGAGAGGGAGAAGAGUUUGAUAACACAUUUUGUGCAGAGAAAAGGAAGAAAUUAUGGGACCUUUUAGAGAAACCCAGCUCCUCGGUGGCUGCCAAGACCUUGGCAAUAAUAUCUAUUCUUUUCAUUGUAUUAUCAACAAUUGCUUUGUCACUCAAUACACUUCCUGAACUACAAGACAAGGAUGAAUUUGGACAGUUCACGGACAACCCACAGCUGGCCCAUGUAGAAGCAGUGUGCAUUGCGUGGUUCACCAUGGAAUACCUGUUGCGUUUCUUGUCAUCACCAAACAAAUGGAAAUUCUUUAAAGGCCCACUGAAUGUCAUUGAUUUAUUAGCCAUUUUGCCAUAUUAUGUCACUAUAUUUCUCACAGAAUCCAACAAAAGUGUGCUUCAGUUCCAGAAUGUCAGAAGAGUGGUUCAGAUUUUCCGGAUAAUGAGGAUACUACGAAUUCUCAAACUAGCCAGGCAUUCAACAGGCUUGCAGUCUCUGGGAUUCACACUCAGGCGAAGUUAUAAUGAGCUUGGACUGCUGAUUUUGUUCCUGGCCAUGGGCAUAAUGAUAUUUUCAAGUUUGGUAUUUUUUGCUGAAAAGGAUGAAGAUGACACUAAAUUCAAGAGUAUUCCUGCUUCUUUCUGGUGGGCCACUAUUACUAUGACAACUGUUGGCUACGGUGAUAUCUAUCCCAAAACCUUGUUGGGCAAGAUAGUUGGCGGACUAUGCUGUAUUGCAGGUGUGUUGGUGAUUGCUCUCCCCAUCCCAAUUAUUGUGAAUAACUUCUCAGAGUUCUACAAGGAGCAGAAGAGACAGGAGAAAGCAAUAAAACGAAGAGAGGCACUUGAGCGGGCCAAGAGAAAUGGAAGCAUUGUUUCGAUGAAUAUGAAAGAUGCUUUUGCUCGCAGCAUAGAGCUAAUGGAUAUUGUUGUUGAGAAAAAUGGAGAAAAUAUGGGCAAAAAUGAAAAACUGCAGGACAGUAGUCUGUCACCCAACAAGUGGAAAUGGGGAAAACGGACUGUGUCUGAGACCAGCUCCAACAAAUCUCCUGAAGCUAAAUACAAAGAACAAGGCUCUCCAGGAAAUGCACACAGCCCACAUAUUACCCCACAACACUUAAAUGUACAGCAAUUGGAGGACAUGUACAGUAAAAUGGCAAAGACACAAUCUCAGCCCAACAUGAACAUAAGUCAAAUGGGUCAGACAUAUAAAGUUAAAAAGCAAAAUCAAAUAGAGAUGGAAAAAAUAUCUGGUCCCUCUGAUCCAUUAUUAAAUACACCAGAUGGAGUACUGGAUAUGAGGAGUCUGUCUAGCAUAGACAGUUUCAUUAGCUGUGCUACAGAGUUUCCUGAUGCUGGGAAGUUUACUCACAGUCCUAUAGUAAUGCUACCCAGUAAAGUGCAUGAGAACCCAGGUUGUGAAAACAUUCAGGAUAAAGAAUCACCAAUCCUGCCAGCUGAUGAUGCCCAGAGCAUGCAAACUGCUACAAAACUAGAUAGCAGUUACAAUAAGAAUCUCUUGGGCAUCAAUACCAAUAACUCUGCUUACAACUCUGCAGUGGAUAAGCAUAGCAGCAUCUUUGUAGAAAAUGCCAAAGGCACCUCAAGACAAGGCAACCCAAUAAAAUCUAGAUCUCUCAAAGUAAACUUUAUGGAAAGUGAUAUCAAUCCCAUUCACCACACUAAUAUAGCAGCUCUGUCAACAAUAGUGGACCCUACUGUGGGUGGCUCUCAGAGCAUCACCAGUCCUAUGGAUGGUCCAUUGCAUGCAGAGAGAUAUCUGCCUGGUGUAGAAGCUUCAACAGCUUGUUCUUCAUCUGGAAUGAAACCUCCAGAAAACAUAAUGCCAGUGACUUUUACUUUCCAUGAUGAUGGAGUAAAGAAGUACAUUGAUGCAGAUAGUGAUGAAGAAGAUCUGUCACUGGAUGGAAGGAACCCAGCUGGACCAACAGGUCCCACCUACCACACCAUCAACAGUGAUUGUCCAAGUAAGAAGGAUGCUGUCUCCCGACAGGGUGGAAAUUAUUUAGAAGAUUCUGGUGUGGCUUCUUCAGCAAAGCAUUUUGGACAAAAUUGCAUGCGCAGUAUGGAAGGUAUAACAGAUAGAGUUAAGAAAAGUGGGACCCAAGAAGGUAACAAGUUAGACAACCACAUCUCACCACAGAUUCAUGUGACAUAUGGUGAAAGUGGCUGUUCCACUGUAUAUGAUGACAACAUCUGAUUUUUGGAUUUGCCAGGCUGUUGUCUAAGCUGGAACUGUGAAAUGGAAUUGCAUAUCCUCAAAAAAAAGCUUUGUAUUUUUUGCAUGGCAUGGAAAACUAUUUCAAAUGAGCCAGUGUUACCUUUAAAGGAAAGUUUAAUGGAAGGGAACCUGAGAACAUUGACUAAAACGUAAAGGUCCUGACCAUGGAACAAUAGCACUGAAGAACAGAAAAAAAUAUACCUGCAAACUACUGUUAACUCAUACCAUCAGAAUUUUAUCACAUUAUUCUUUUUAGUUCCUGAAUCCCUUCUAUCUUUCCAGUGACUGUGGAAGAAUACAAAGUCUGACCGCACAGUUUAAAUAUAAAUAUCUCUCAGAGACAUGCAAAUGUAUUUGUUUGCAAAUGGGAAAAUGUUUCAGAAAAACAUUCUAAAUAGUAGAGAUAUCCUUUGAAGGGCACUGCCUGGAAUUCAUUUACAGAUUCUGGUUGCAUAACUGAACCACAUUGGAUACCAUUAUUGUAUCAUAUGAUUUGUCUAAGAAUACAAAUAAUCUUUGAAGCAAAGAAGAAAGAUGCUUCCUCUACAAAUGUGCUUACUUUAGUUCAGAUUAGGCUUUUUUGGUUGUGAAACUAGUACAGUAUUUGCUCAAUUUCCUUAAUUAACCCUUUAAGGAAUGCAUCAACAUUUCUGCACCAGAAUUAAUAAUGUUACAUGAUUUUUAAAAUUGUAGAUUAUUCCAAAAAUAGUGCAAAUUCAGAGCUAUUCAUCACUUCCAUGUAUUUCUUUAAUCAUGGUUUAUAGCUAACACUUAGCUUUAAAAACUGACUAAAGUCAAUAUUGUAGAUGUCAUGCGAAGAAAAAAAAUGUAUUUUUGAAGCCGAAGAAUUCCUUAAGUAUUCAAAUAUCACAACAUGGGUCCCAAAUUAUUGGUCAGGAAAAUAAAAUAUUAGUGUUGUGGGGAUGGGGGGUGAGUUGCACCAGUUAAAAGACAUUUAUUAAACUGCCUAUAUUAUUGUGAAACCUCACUAUCAAAUUGAUCCAAUAUAGUGCAGUGAUUAGCAUUCAUACAAUGAAAUAGAUUUAUAUGGCUAUCAAAUAAGAAAUAAUUCUGCUAUGAAAGUUCUAAUUACCUGUAUCAAAACAAAUCCAACUUUACCAUUUUUGUUAAUGUUAUUAUUGCUGCUAGAUUAUUAUCCAGAGAUGAAAUUUUUGCAUAAAUGUUUCUCAUUCUGAAUAUCUAAGCAUAAUGUCCAUGUAGAGAUGCCUUCAUAGCUUUGACAUAACUGUAUUGUAAACCGGGCCGAAGUUCCUCUUGGAAAAUGCAAGAUAUCACAUAAAAUUUCGUAAAGGUUUCCAUGUAAAGAAUAUGACCAUAGACUUUAUUUUCAAAGUAUAGUACCAAAUCAAUCUUAGCAAGUUUACCAGAUUUGAAGUUUACAGUUUUAAAUGAAAGAUUUAUUUUUAACAAUGGAAUAAUGCUUAUUUUUUCAUUCUGGCUGAUAAAGAAAGUAUAGAUAUAAAUUAUUAAACACUCGCACUUUGAAAAUGUUAAAGUUUUAUUUUUGGUACGGUAAUCUUGUUGCAAAAUAUUGUCUUCAGUUCUAAGAAUGAACUAGAAUGGAAUUAAAGAGUCCUUUGAGUUGCAGAAGCAUGCAGCAUGGAAGAAGGCCAUUUGGCCCAUUGUACCUCUGCUGGCUCUUUGACAGAGCAGUUGUAAGUGUGACAGUAUGAAAGAUACCUCUACAACAAAGGUCAGUCCAAGCUAUGGAACAUUUAAAUGUUGGUUUCCUGUAAAGCUGAAAGGGAUUACACAUAGAAUUUUUCCAUCUAACCUCAAUACAAAACAAGAUUAGUAUGGCAAAGAAAAUCACAAAUACAUUUCCGAUUUUUCAUUCCUCGAAUAUGUCCAUGAGUUACUUGACAUGUAUUUUUCCAUGCAUACGUAAUAUAUAAGCAUCCAAGUGGCUGUUUACACAUUAUAUAAAACUAUUGUUCAGAAUGUGGUAUUUAUUAGUUUAUAGUGACUCCAUUAAAAGAUUAAUAGUAUAACUAUUUUUUCUUAAAUUACCAUCAUAUCAGUACAGAACAUACAAGUUUGUUCAUCUGCUAAUAGGUCCUACUGCUGAGACGCGGAGCCUUCAUUAAUUCUAAUCAAUGUGUUACCAUUCCACACAUGGAAUGUAAAGACUCUCAGUAAUUGGUAUUGGGUACUAGUUGUACCAAUCACAAAUGGAAUUGCAGAUUAAGGAAUACAAUAAUAGGAAGUUUGAAUUCUAUGUCUCAUGAAAUUUGUCAAAAGAUGCAAAUUAUGUUAAAUGUGAGUCCUACUGGUGCAACUCGCCCUAGAAAUAAAUGGUAGUUCACUGUCUUUCAAAAGCAAAGAAAACUCUAUCCACUUGCCAAACACUCACUUGGAAAAUUAUUUUUACUACAGUUUGCUUUGCUUAAAAAUGAAUUCUUCUGUUGGGCACUUGGAAUCUACUUCCCUUGUUCCAAUGAAUUUAUUGAGUAUUUUGUACUUUUACUUAACCUUGCUAUCAUUUCCUUUUUUAAUUGUCAAGACCUAUUGCUGAUAGGAAGCUUUAAAAUCUUUAAGCAGGCAAACAAUAUCCCUCAUUCGCUAAAGAUUACAAAAGUUCCACAAAGUAAAGAAAUUCUGGAGAAAAGAAUGCAUGCCUUAUGUCCGUACAAAUAAUUUAUUCCAACCUAUUUAACCAAAUUCCACAACCUGAUGACAUGAGCAGGAUUUCACAAUACUGCACUGCUCUUUUAUUCUGCCAAAGUUCACUGAGAAAUCUACUGAAAGAGAGAGCAAUAAAAAAAAUGAAGAAAAUCCAAGUACUGUGUAGGGUACCGGGCCAUUUGAAAGAUUUAAUUCAAAUGCAGGAUGAUUAUGACAGCUUUAAAAAAUGCUAAUCAUGUCCUGAAAUGUCACAGCCAACAACUUAAUUACAAUUUUUUUUGCCUACUAUUCAGUUGAAACUUUUAAGUCUGCAAUCAAUAGAUGUUUUGCUGAGUAUAUAGAGCAAAGAUGGACAAGUGAAGUUGAGGUACAGAUUAGUUACAAUCCAGUUGAAUGAUGAAAAAUCUCAAAGGUGCUCAACGUCUUACUCCUGCUCCGAUGUUCCUAUUUUUCCAUGAAAGGAUUUUUUAAAACAGCCAGUGUACAACCGUUAUGUAAGGUCUCUUAAGAAUUCCUGUGUGAAAGCACAAUUGAAAAUAGUCAAUAGUUUGGAACUGAAUGAAUAAAAUGCAGUUAGGAAACAGUGAACUGUCCAAAAGGUUAUCAUUACUACAUGAUUACACCUAAGACAGAUCCCUUUAAAACUACAAUGAUAGAUCUCUCUUGUGCCUUGUCUGGAAGCACCUUGUACAAAAUAAAAUGUCUGUUGUCUCUGCUUUGAAUGCAAGAGCUCCAGAUGAAAUACAUUAGCCAGUGAAGAAAGAGCAGCAAUCCAAAUUAAUUAAUGUUCCAAACCCAGAAACACAAGCAUGCAAACUACUGCCUGAUGGGUGCAAAUGGAUUAAGAUCUCAUUGUAUUCAGGAUAACAAUUACCACUUGCUAGCUUAUUCAUAUGAUGAUCUUCGGACACACCACAACUUGUAAGAUGUAUUCCCUGCUGUAAAACCUUAGUUUGCUGUUUAUUAAAAUAUAUGUAACACAUAGCUGUGACUUUCAAGAAUAAUAUCGUAAAUUGGUACAGCUCAUAUUGACAGCACACAGCCAGGGCAGUGGAAAUCAGUGUAAGUACGAAGUAGUGAAUUAUUUUAUUUUCAAGUGAAGAUGUUUGGGUUACCUCUGCAUUUUCACAUUUGCCAUCUUCUUGGCUCUAUGAGUAUCAGAUGUAUGGAGCGGUCACAUGACCUGCAUGUGUUGCAGAAUAGUCUAUUUUUCUGUUCAAAUAAACAUUAUCAGUAUUUUAGCAAAAUUUAUAUAAGGGCAACUAAGUAAAACAAAAUUAUGUUUUGUAUCAUGAAUUACUGAGUUAGAAGCAAAAAAAUCUUUUGUUAAAUUAUGUAAGUAACUUAAUUUCUUAGGGUACUGUUUGAGAGAGAAUUGUUAAUUGAUUUUCACAACUGACUGCAUGUUGGCUAAAGGUCACCAAAUCUAUUAGAUUUGUAGUUAAUGUUAUUGUAUAACAACCUGCUUUCUGGAUGUGAGUUUGCUCGCUGAGCUGGAAGGUUCGUUUUCAGA